UUUCUUGAAAAAAAAAAGUAUCAACAACCCUCACAACAAUUGGUACAUGCUCGAGUACCUGUUCAAGCUACAUCUUUAUUAACCAUGAAAUUUGAAGUAUUUAAUAUUUAUCCAUUAAAACUCAGCAAGCAAGCAACUAUGAGUGCUUCCAUCUUCUCUUUGAUCAGUAUGAUUACAGUCAUUCUAGUAUUGCUGCCGGUUUUUGCACUGGGAUUGCAAGAUGAUAGUCUUAAAACAGUGGAAAUUUAUGCUCAGGAGCUCAUGGACAGUGCCAAGAGUGAUAUCGAAUGGUUAAAAUCCAUAAGGAGAAGCAUUCAUGAGUACCCAGAACUCCUCUAUGAGGAAUACAACACGAGUGCUCUUAUCAGAAGAGAGCUCGAUAAGAUUGGGGUAUCGUAUGAAUGGCCUUAUGUAAAGACUGGUGUAGUGGCCCAGAUAGGCUCUGGAUUGCCUCCUGUUGUUGCUCUCAGGGCUGAUAUGGAUGCCCUGCCUUUGCAGGAGCUAGUGGAGUGGGAGCACAAGAGCAAAAUUUCAGGAAGAAUGCAUGCAUGUGGGCAUGAUGCACAUGUCACUAUGCUUCUUGGGGCUGCCAAAUUGCUUCACCAGCGCAAAGACAAGCUUAAGGGCACAGUAAGACUUAUAUUCCAACCUGCAGAAGAAGGGGGAGAAGGUGCGAAUCUUAUGAUCAAGGAAGGUGCACUUGCAGAUGCUGAGGCUAUUUUUGGAAUGCAUGUUGAUUAUAUAUUGCCAACUGGCACCAUUUCCUCAAGACCAGGACCGGUAUGUGCUGGUGGAGUUACAUUUGAAGUAACAAUAGAUGGCAAAGGUGGCCAUGCAGCAUUUCCACACAUGAGUAUAGACCCAAUUGUUGCUGCAUCAUUUAUAAUUUUGAGUUUGCAGGAGAUUAUUUCUCGAGAAGCAGAUCCCCUUCACAGCCAGGUGCUAUCAAUUGGAUUUAUCAAUGGUGGAGAAGGGUAUAAUGUCAUUCCAGGAAGAGUUAAAUUCGGAGGCACUUUGCGGAGUUUAGUAACAAAAGAUCUAAUUGAUCUUAAGAAAAGAGUGAAGGAGAUAAUAGAAAGUCAAGCUGCCGUACACAGAUGCAUGGCUUAUGUAGAUUUCUUAGAGAAACAGUACCCGACAUGCCCAGCUGUCGAAAAUGAUGAAAAUUUGCACAAUCAUAUAAAGAAGGUUGGUGCAACUUUGCUUAGUUCAAAUAAUGUGAAAAUUACACCGCAAAUGAUGGUAGGUGAAGAUUUUUCAUUCUAUCAACAGAUUAUACCAGGUGUAAUGUUUACUAUUGGAAUUAGAAAUGAAAAUAUUGGGUCAAUCCAUUCUGUACACUCGCCAUUUUUCUUUUUGGAUGAAGAUGUGCUGCCUAUAGGAGCAGCCCUGCAUGCUGCGUCUGUUGAAAUGUAUUUUGACAAGUAAAUGGACCAGGUAGAUGGAUACACUCAUGAAACAAGGCAUACAAAAUUGCAAGUAUGCUAGGAAUACAUUGGGUUUCAUUAUUUUCAUGUAACUGACUUAUUACCAUGACGACUGUUAAAACUUAACAAUAUUGAAAAUGUUGUAUUUUCUGGAA